AUGCACCCAUCAUUCAUUAGAUUAGCUGCUACGCAAAGACCAAUUAAAGUAAUUCCUCAAUACAAGUACUACCUUAGAAGAAUACCAGAUGUUGGUUUGUGGUUUAGUGGAAUUGCUGCUUUUUUUGGCUGGCCUCAUGUUUGGGUUUGGGUUAGUAAUAAGAUUGAAGAUGCUCCUGGAAACAGAGGAAUGUUUUAUUAA